GUGUUUUCUUAUAAGACCACGAAAAUCACAAGGCACAUGUCAGUGAAUCAGCAAGAUCUAGAUCCAGAUAGUAUUACAGAUGUGGAAGAUGUUACAGAUGUGGAAAAAGAACUUAUUAAAAAAUGUGAAGAAAUGUGGAAAGAUAUGGAAGAAUGUCAGAAUAAAUUAUCACUUGUUGGAACUGAGAUGCCAACUAAUUCAAAUGCUCAGCUGUCACUAUUAAUUAUGCAAGUGAAAUGUUUGACUGCUGAACUCACCCAAUGGCAGAAAGAAACUCCUGAAAUAAUUCCACUGAAUAAAGAAGUUCUGGUAACAUUAGGAAAAGAAAAGUUCCAAAAAUUGAGACAUGAUCUUGAAUUGGUGCUAUCUACUAUUCAGUCAAAGAAUGAAAAGUUAAAGGAAGACUUAGAAAGGGAGCAGCAGUGGUUGGAUGAACAACAACAGAUAUUGGAAUCUCUUAAUGUACUGCACAAUGAAUUGAAACAUCAGGUUGUGACAUUUUCUGAAUCCAGAAUCUUUAAAGAGCUGAAAUCUAAAAUGUGUGAUAUAAAAGAAUAUAAGGAGAAACUUUUGAUAACCUUGGGUGAAUUUCUAGAAGACCAUUUUCCUCUGCCUGAUAGAAAUGUUAAAAAGAAAAAGAAAAACACUCAAGAAUCAACUGUACAGAUGAUAACACUGCAUGAAAUGUUAGAGAUUCUUGUAAAUAGAUUAUUUGAUGAUCCACAUGAUCCAUAUGUCAAAAUUAGUGAUUCUUUUUGGCCACCUUAUAUUGAACUGCUCCUGCGUAAUGGAAUUGCCUUGAGACAUCCAGAAGAUCCAACCCGAAUAAGAUUGGAAGCCUUUCACCAGUAA